GCUAGCUCUGUUACGGUAGGCCUGUGAUGAAAACACAGGCAUUAAUCCUUUGGGGAACAUUGGUGUAGGUUGUCAUAGUGUGUCAUCUUUUGUUUACAAAAAAAGCCUCAUUUAAUUUUCAGUUGAACAACUUAAUCAAUCCUUCUAGGAGGUGGCUUAUGCUUUCACAGAGGUUGUGUAAAGUUUUGAACGUGAUUUGUACUGUACACAUGAUUUGCACUGUACUGUAAGGUUUGGUUUGAAGCCUCUGGAAGGAAGACACAGAGCCCAGGGGACUUCCUUUGGGUUGGAGCGCAUCAUGUUGGGACCAGAGUGCACCAGAGUCCUAUGCAAAGACAAUGGCCAAGCCAUAGCAUGGUACACACCUGCACGCUGUACUGGGGUAAAGCCACACCAGGCCUGGGCUGAGCAUCAUGAAAAAGUGGAGAGCUGCAGAGAGGACACUUUGUCCUGUGAAGAGGCAAGCAUCCCUGCUACAGAGAUCAAAUGCCCUGACAAAAAAACCUUUCUUCUGAUUAAAAGGAAGAAGCAUGUGUUUAGGGUGUGCCACAGUCCGUGGACCCAGAACCCUUCAUCCAUAACCCAUCCUUCCUGCUCCCCCUGUGCUCUGCUAGACUUCCGGGUCCAGCCCCAGAGCAACCCUGCAAGGCCACUCACCGCCCUGUGUAGGAGGAAUGAUGUUCCUUGGCCCUCAGCCCCCCUGCGCCUCCCCCCUCCAGCAGUACCGCACUGCAGCUACACUCCACAACAGGGUUCUCACUGCUUAGAUGCAUGAAAGUCAAAGAGGUAGCUACUGCUGCACAGGCACAUGACUGUCCAGGGACUACGGACAUGAGACUGAAACCACCUUGGGCAAGCAGCAGAAACAGAGCCCCACUCUAAUCUUCAUCUGUCCUCCUACAGUUUCAUUAUAUCUAUUUUACAGAAGAUCCUCUGUACUGUCAGCUUUGGCAUCUAUUGGUUGCC